AAGAGAAGAGAGAGUGACUAUUUCAAAGCAUAGGCAAGGUUGUCGCAAACCCAAACCCAAACCCAAAUACCCAAUCUGAAGAAGAGAGUAAGGUGUAAGAGAGAGAAGACAAAGAGAAGAAGAGACCGAUCACGAUGGCUACGCUACAAACCGUUGUUACUGUCAUCCUUCUCCUUAUGCUUCUUCUCAUCCUCAUCUUCCUUUUUUAUCUCUUCAAACCAUGGCGUGAGCUAGAGAGACCUCUCGUUCGCGAAGAAGGUGAUGCCAACGAUGCCAAUUUGCCCUUCAAUAAUAAUAGCAAUAAUCAGAACAAUGAAUUGGCCAGAGAUUAUGAUCUCGAAGGUGCUUGUCACCCCAACGAAGUUCAUUUUCGCUCUCCUCGAUCACUUGGCCUUGUACGCAAGCCGAGGCUUCCGAUUCGCAAUGCGCCACAGCAAGGGGAUGCUUUGGUUUUAGAUGUUAUGUCUGCAGACUCUGUUGAUGUUGGCCAAACCCUCAGGCUUUCUCCUGCUCUCUUAGCUGAAGCACAAAAGCAUCACCAUCAGCAUCAGCAUCUCCAGAAUAAUAGGGUUCUGGACUCUCUGGAGAGAGAUAUCCUUGGUCAAAGAAGUUGCCUUACUCUGGAGGUUAUCAGUGGUCCUUCCCGGGGGAUUCGAUGUUCUGUACAGUCUAUGAAUUCUGCUGGUCUGCCCCUCACCCUGGGAAGAGUUCCUCCAAGCGAUUUGGUGAUAAAGGAUUCAGAGGUUUCGGGAAAGCAUGCCAUGAUAAAUUGGAAUUUGGAUAAAAUGAAAUGGGAGUUGGUAGAUAUGGGUAGCUUAAAUGGAACACUCUUGAAUUCUAGGCCAAUCAACCAUCCAGACACUGGAAGCAGGCUUUGGGGAGAUCCAGUGAAUCUUGCUGAUGGCGAUAUCAUAACACUUGGAACAACAUCGAACAUAAGUGUUCAUGUUGCUGCACAAAAUCAGCAACGCAUUCCAUUUGGAGUUGGUAUGGCAUCAGAUCCCAUGGCUUUGCGUAGAGGAGCAAAACAGCUUGCUAUGGAAGAUGUUUGCUAUUAUCAGUGGCCUCUGCCUGGGCUGGAUCAGUUUGGGCUAUUUGGUAUCUGCGAUGGACAUGGUGGAGAUGGGGCUGCUAAAUCCGCAAGCAAACUUUUUCCUGAGAUAAUUGCUAAUAUAUUAUUGGAUUCAUCAAAAAGGGAGCGGAUUUUAUCACUUCAUGAUGCUUCAGAAAUUCUAAGAGAUGCAUUUUCUCAAACAGAAGCAUGCUUGAAUCAUUACUAUGAGGGAUGUACAGCAACAGUGCUUCUGGUGUGGGCUGAUGGUGAAAAUUUCUUUGCACAAUGUGCAAAUGUUGGAGACUCUGCCUGUGUUAUGAGUGUAAAUGGGGAACAAAUCAAGAUGUCGGAAGAUCACAAGAUAACAACUUAUUCUGAAAGACAGAGAAUUGAAGAGACUGGUGAACCAUUGAAAGAUGGAGAAACACGUUUAUAUGGGAUAAAUCUUGCAAGGAUGCUUGGGGACAAAUUCCUGAAACAGCAGGAUUCCCGGUUCAGCUCAGAGCCUUAUAUUAGUCAAGUUGUGCAUAUUGAUCAAGCAAGCAGGGCUUUUGCCGUUCUAGCUAGUGACGGGCUUUGGGAUGUCAUCAGCAUGAAGAAGGCAAUUCAGCUAGUGCUUCAGAUGAGGGAGAAAUACUGUACAGAGAGAGAGAAUUUAGCAGAAAAGAUUGCUAGUUCAUUGUUGGCUGAGGCUAAGACACUCAGAACAAAGGACAAUACCUCUGUAAUUUUCUUAGAUUUUGAUAGCUUCAAUAGAUUUUCUUGUAAAGUUGAAUCCUAGUAUGAAUUAGGAAUAGUGAUAUAGUAAUGGUAAUAUAUAUAAUUUUCAUUCUCUUGAA